AUGGGUGUUUAAUAAAGUGACAAUAAUGAAAAUCCUCCUUUUUUAUCUAAUAUGAAAUUGAUAUUAGAUAAGGGAAACUAUAAGGUUUAUGAGAAUAAUAAUAAUCAAAAAUUUGAUUACAAAGAAUUUAAAUCAAGCUAAACUUCAUUUAAGAAUGAGUUAGAGGUUGCUUAAGAAAUUUAAAACUAAAAUUUUUAAGGGAUUGCUAAAAUAGAAUAGAUUCUAGUAUAAUAAUGUGAAAAGUGGUUAAUUAAGUAUUUUACUUUAUGCAUUUUGACUGAACAUCCAACUUAUUCUCUUAAAGAUUAUUUGUAAAAAAAGGAAAAAAUAUUAUCAAAUCAAUAGAUAAUAGAACUCUUGAUGUCAAUUACUGGAGCAUAGAAUAUAUUAGGAAUGAAAAAAUAAUAUCUUGGAUUAGAUAAUAUAUAUACUAGUGAUGGAAAUGUUUGGAAACUUAAACCAUUUUUUGAAUCUGAAUCCUCAUAUGAAAAAUUAAUGAAAUAUAAGACAGAGAGAAUAAUAGAUUAUGAAUUAGAUAGUUAUCCUGCUCCAGAAGAAUUUGAAGGUAAAGUGUGUGACACCGAUAGAGUACAAAUUUUUGGUCUUGGUAUGAUUAUUUUAGAAUUGAUAACAAGUAUUAAGGAUUUUAUUUUGUAGAACAAAAAAGCAAAGAUAUCUAUAUAGAAUAUAAGAUGAAUGAAUCUCUCCUUUAGUAAAGAAUUUAAUAGAUUUCUAAUUUAAAAUAGUAAUUCUCUGGCAAAUUUAUUGAUAUAAUAAUAGAAAUGGUUGAUACAGAUUUAGUUAGAAGACCAAAUUUUUAAUAAUUAAUUAAAAAAUUGAAGUCUCCUUCAUCUAAAAUAGUCUGUAUAUAGACUAAACUUGAUAUUGUAAAAGAUAUUCCAAAAUUAAAUCUAUUGGAUUCUGUUAGUUAUUUUGGAUAAAAUGUUAUCAAUCAAAAUGAUGAAUAAAUAUUAAGUAAUGCUAUAGAAUAAGCUUAAAUAUCAAUUUCUAAUAGUAUUAAAAAAAUGAGAUAAGAAUGGUAGAGCAUUCAUAAUGCAUAAACUAUUUAGGAAUAAAAUGGAUAAAAAUAUUAUGGUCAAAUUUUAAAUAAUCUCUAUGAAGGAAAAGGUACAUAUUAAAUAUAUAUAUAUAUAUAGGUCGUCUCUAUUCUAAAACAGGGGAUUUAAUAUAUGAAGGUGAAUUUAAAUAAGGAUAUUUUCAUAAUUUGGGAGUUUAAUAUUUCUAAAAUUCAAUUUCUUUGAAAAAAAGUUAUGAUUUUUAGGAUUGUAAGGAUAUUUUGAAAUAUGCUAAAUAAUAUGAGGGUUCUUUUAAUUUUGGAAAGUAAUCAUAUUAUAUUAUUCUAUUAAGGAAACAUGGAGAUGGUAAAUUGAUAUUAACAAAUGAUGAAUAUUUUUGUGGCGAAUUUUAAAAUGAUUAAAUAAAUGGUGGUGGUCAAUUUGUUAGAGGAUUAAAGGAAAAAAUAAUAGGAAUUUGGAAUAAUGGUAUAUUAAAAUCAACUCCUGGAUUUUAAAAAGAAUUAAUAUCUUUUAGAUCUCCUGAUUUCUUAAAUUAAUCAUAAAUUCCAGAAGAAAUCUAAAAAUAGCCAUCAAUUUUGAUAAAUUCUGAUCUAAUGGCUAUUCAUUAAAAACAUUUUGAAGAAGGUAAAAGUUAAACUAUUGAUUCUAAUUUAAUAAACAAAAUCUAAAAUUGCAGGAAUUAAUUAUUAACUUAAAUUAAUAAUCAUUCAUAAUAUUUUGGUCCUCCAUAAUAAUAAAAUAGAAAAGAUCAUAAAAUUUAUUAUGAUGAAUCCCAAACAAUAUUAAAGUAUGAAGGACAACUUUUUACUGGUUAAAUGCAUGGAAGAGGUACUUUAUAUUAUGAGAAUGGAGAAAUUCAAUAUUAAGGAGAUUUUGUGAAUGGAAAAUAUGAAGGGUUUGGAUUUUUAAUAAAUGAUAAACAAGAGACUUAAAUGGCUAUUAAUUUUAAAGAUUUAAGAGAUAUUAAUAAAAAAGGAUAAUGGAAAAAAUAUUAGGGUACUUUCUAAAAAGGAGAGUAAGUAUUUAUAAUUAAUAUUAUAGAAAACAAGGACAAGGAAUUUGGUAUUUGACUGAUGAUAGUGAAUUAAUAGGGUUUUUUGAUAAAGAUUAGAUACACGGAGAUGGUAAUAUAAAAAGAUCAUAAAAAGAAGAUGUUUAUGCAAUAUGGUAAUAUGGUAUACUUUAGAAAGAAUUAAUUGGCAAAUUAUGA